GCGAACGGCUGCGUUCUGAGGGGAGCAGCGGUCGUGGGAGCCUCAGCAAUGUUGUGUCGGGCGGCGUGCAGCGCGGGCAGGAGCCUGGCCCCGGUGGCCGGUGCCGCGGGCUCCCGGCACAAGCACAGCCUCCCCGACCUGCCUUACGACUAUGGCGCGCUGGAGCCGCACAUUAACGCGCAGAUCAUGCAGCUGCACCACAGCAAGCACCACGCGGCCUACGUGAACAAUCUGAACGCCACCGAGGAGAAGUACCACGAGGCGCUGGCCAAGGGAGAUGUUACAACUCAGGUUGCCCUUCAGCCUGCACUGAAGUUCAAUGGUGGGGGACAUAUUAAUCACACCAUCUUCUGGACAAACCUGAGCCCUAAGGGUGGUGGAGAACCCAAAGGAGAGUUGCUGGAGGCUAUCAAGCGUGACUUUGGGUCUUUUGAGAAGUUUAAGGAGAAACUGACAGCCGUGUCUGUGGGAGUCCAAGGUUCAGGCUGGGGCUGGCUUGGCUUCAAUAAGGAGCAAGGUCGCUUACAGAUUGCUGCCUGCUCUAAUCAGGACCCUCUGCAAGGAACAACAGGCCUUAUUCCGCUGCUGGGGAUUGACGUGUGGGAGCACGCAUACUACCUCCAGUACAAAAACGUCAGGCCUGACUAUCUGAAGGCUAUUUGGAAUGUAAUCAACUGGGAGAAUGUUACUGAAAGAUACACAGCUUGCAAGAAGUAAAGCCUUUUGGCCACGUUGAGUAUGCCAGGCCCUUGGCUGUUUUAUAGUAGUGUAGAGCACUGCAGCACUAUGACUGAGAGCUGUAAUCUUUACUGAUGUUUAUCCACAUAUGUGAUGAGCAUAAUGUUAUGAUAAUUUCUUAUUUUAAUUAAAUUUACUAUUAGUACAACUGUUUGAGAACAGUACAUACUCUGUGUGAAUUGCUCUUGAUUGAAUGUUUUCACUAUAGCCUUGAAUUGCUUGAACGCUAUAACUGUCAUUAUAAGACCGUUAGAAAUAUUCCAUCUCUAUGUUUUAGAGGCCUGUGGGAGAGUCUGUAAUCCUGUUCUACUGCAGUAGAAAAAAAUUGAGUUGUUCUUUUCUCCUUCCUGAGUUGUUUAAUAAUGAAAUAGAGAACUGAAUAGUUCUCUUUUCUAUUAAAAAUUGCUAUUUUUCAUAAGUAGUCCUCUAUUUAGUGGAUAUCACCUAGUUAUCUUUGUUUAUAUGAUCACAGUUUCACAGAAACACCAUUUUUCACUUGAACUCUGUAACUAGGCUAAGGAUGGAUGGAGUUCUGUGGUAGAGCCUUGCCUGUCUUAUGCAAGGCCCUGGGCUCUACUCAGCACUGAAACAAGUCAACAGAACCAUUCUUUGGUUCCUGACUUAGGACUGUUUAUUAUGAGAGGAGUGUAAUGGUGCCUCUGGGUUUUCUACAGGCAGAGAUGCAAAAACAGUUAACCUUGUCUUUAUAAACCAUCUGUGUGCUGUAUGAACGUGCUCAAGGUAGACAGGGUAGACAGGGCCUGUCCGAUGAUGUCAACCAUGAGGACUAGGUCACAGGGCAUUCUGGAAGCCGAUCAGCCCCAUUAAUUGUGUAUCUCAGGAGAACUGGACCCUGAGUGAGGUGGCACCUUUCUCAGUAGAGGCAAAUGACUUUCUGAGUGAGGGUAGGCAAAUAGGGUGUCUUCAGAACAUUAGUUUUCAGAGACACGUAUCUUCAUUUUUUUCUGCAGUUUCAAGAAUUUAUAGUCACAAGAGGGCCUUUGUACUGUUUUCAAGGACGCCCUUUCCUGAAAAGGUGACACAGUGUUUCUGGUUGUGUUCCUGUGCAGCGUUUGCAUGUGGAGCUGUGCACUGUGGAAAUGCCAACAGGGCCCUUUUGUGAAUCUGCCUUUUCACAUUUCAUCUCACCAUCUUCCUUGUCAUCUUCAAUGACUAUGUAAUCUUUUAUCAGCUGGACAUUACUGAAUAGUUUGUGUUUAAUGUUGUUUAUUACCAAAAAGGCUGUGGUCAGCAACCCCAUGCACGCAAAUUACCUCUUAAUGGAGCAUUUUUUAAAGGUUUAUUUUCUUUUUAAUUAUGUGUGUCUGUGUAUGUUCUGUUCACGGUGCCCGUGGAGGACAGAAGAACGUGUUGGGUCUGGGUCUCUUAGAGCUGGAACAGUUAGAGGCAGCCGUGAGCUGGGAACGGGGCUGAGAUCAUCUGGGAGAGCGUCAUCUGGGAGAGCAAUAAGCACUUACCCACUGAGCCUUCUUUCCAGACCCUGGGAUUUUUUUUUUUUUUUAAUAUUGAGUUUCUUCUUAAACCUAUUUUGUCCCAAGUUUAUUUUCUAAUCCUCCCCUCAAGUAUAUUUUUCUUUUUCCUAAUGGAAAAAUGGAGUGACUUAGCAGUUUCAAUAUUGAAGACUAAAGUUAAAAAAACAAAACAAAAUUUAAAUUCAAAGCACUUUUUGGCAUUCUGUGUAGAAGCUAGUGAGGUGUUUUGAGUGUCACUGCUGACAAAGGACUUGUAAGAGUGAGUAGCAGCCAUUGUAUGAACAGUGAGAGGACUGAGCGAAUGAGUCACAUGGUUCCACUUAGCCUUGUGUACAAGGCUGUGAACACUUUUAAACAGACCUUUUAGGAAGGUCGUUGAUGGAUGGACUUUUGAAAACAAGUCUUUAGGUCAGCGUUUAUUUUGAGCUAACAAAGAUUUACAGAGACUACUGUCUUUAUAUGACUUUGACUCCUACGAAGCUUCAGAUUAAAAAAAAAUUCAAUGUUGAACUUUCUAUGAGGCUCUGUCUGUGCUGUGGGUUUCUGUUGGUGAGGAUGAGGGAUCACACUGUGUCUGGUAAGUCUCCUCAGUGUGUAGACUUUAUGAGACCAACAGAGUUACAUCUAGUAGCAAUGAGGCUUAGAUGAUAUAGCUGUGUCUUUUUUAGAAUAGAGGCAAGUAAAUUUACUGUUCAUCUGGGAAGGAGUGUGUGUGUGUGUGUGUGUGUGUGUAUGUGUAACACACUACAGCAUGUGUUCCAGUUGUGGCUGAACUUAAAUAGACAUUAACAUGAUUGAUAAACACUGGAGGGAAACAAGGAAGCAGAAUAAAUAUUUCCUUUGAGGUAGUAUCUGCUGUUUGAACUAUUGUGUGUUAAUUAAACUUUGGAGUUUAGAAAUUGCUUAUUGCACCUGAAAUUCUUGGUCUAAAGUGAGAUCCGAAUUUCUGUUGAGCACCUUUACAAAAAGUAUAGAAGCCAUAUAGUCAGUACUUAGGUGUUUUAUGUAGGUCAUAUCUAAAACUAGGUAUAAAUGCUGGGUAUUUUUCCUGUUUUAAUUUCUGUCACACUACUGUUAAGAAAGCUGUUAGGUACAUUUUUAAAUAAAUCACAGCAAAACACUAUCCUACUAAUCCCAGCAAGCUAACAUCUGUCUUCUGAACAUCAUGUCUGCCACCUGCUGAAAGGCCUGAAAGGUCCUGGCUAGUUUUCAUUUACUUAUUGGUUAAAGAAGCAUUUAUUUUCCUAUUGUAAGUGCAAAGUGUUUUUUGAUUGUUAAUAAAAAAAGUUGCCAACUAUCAA